AUGAUGCACCACCGCCGCCUACCGUCCCGCCACCGCAACCACAAGACAUCGCUUCGUCGCCGACUCGCCAAGAAUCCCGAGCUCGCCCACAAGCUAAACCAGAUGGCCCUGCCCCUGUCUCCUCUUGUCCAGCUCACUACCGGUGCCAUCCACCCUCAUUUCCCACGCACUGUGCUUCAGUUCUGGCUCCUCACCGAUGCUCAACUCGAAUCCCUUGCUCAGUUCUACCACCAACGCACUCCAUCACCUUGGUCUAGACAGUACCCCUGCCCCGUCAACUGGCGUUCCGAUGCACCACUUGAAGAGAAGCGCCGCAAGAUGGGCAGAUUUAUCGGCCUGAGGGGCUGCGAGAACCCGACGGCUGUUCUCAAGACCGAAGAACAGAUCGCAAGAGACGCCAGACUCGCUAGCAAGAAUGCAGCCGAUGAGGAUGUUUGGAAGCGGAAGAUGAAUCCCUUCUCUCAGCUGUAA